AAUGAACACAGGUGACAACAGUUAAGGUAAGCCUGUGUAUUAACACUGGGGCAGAGCUACAAAUGAAUUCAGGGGGAGCACGUGGGAGAACACAGGCACGAGAAACAGAAGCUGCUGACUGCCAGCGCCACUGUGCUUCCGUGAUGACAGCUCAUCUCAUCUCACACAUGAAACAGCGCUCAGUUCCUCAAGCCUGGGGCCAGCCCUGCCACAGACAGAAGAACGACAGAACCGGAGAGUAGGAGGAGGAGAAGAAAGAGAAGGGGACGAGAGAGGGGACAUGACGGUGGGCCCUGGUGGGACAUCUGAACCAUGGACCAGCAGGCUCACAUUCUGAGGGCCUUUCUGACUCUGUUUGCCAGUAAGGAGGCGGUGGAGUUGGACGGGGAGACCGGCUUCAGCGCUGAAUUCUUGAAACUAAAGAGGCAGUCCACCAAAUACCGAACAGACAAGACCUACACCACCAAGGCCGCCGAUAAGCAGGACAACGUGAAGAAGAACCGCUACAAGGACAUCGUUCCAUUUGACCAUACUAGAGUGAAGCUUUCUCUAAACACUUCCAAAAAUGACUCUGAUUACAUCAAUGCUAACUUCAUCAAGGGGGUUUUGGGGCCAAGGGCGUACAUUGCCACCCAGGGGCCACUCCCAAACACUGUGGUGGACUUCUGGAGGAUGCUCUGGGAAUACAAUGUUCAGAUCAUUGUGAUGGCGUGCAGGGAGUUUGAAAUGGGAAAGAAAAAGUGUGAGCGCUACUGGCCCGAGUCCAAGGUGGACGCGUUUGUGUGUGAACCGUUCACUGUACGCUGUGAAUCAGAGGAGAAUAAGGGCGACUAUGUGUCGAGGAUCCUGAGGGUAACAUUUAAAGGGUCGUCUCGUUCCCUGAAGCAGCUGCACUACAUGAACUGGCCAGACCACGGAGUUCCUGACUCCAUCCCUCCAAUCCUGGAGCUGCUGCAGGAAAUGCGAGUGCACCAGGAGCACGAGGACGUGCCCAUCUGCAUCCACUGCAGUGCCGGCUGUGGGAGGACAGGAGCACUCUGCGCUAUUGAUUACACUUGGAACCUCCUGAAAAGACAAAUCAUCCCAAAGGACUUUAAUAUCUACAAUCUGGUCCAAGAUAUGAGAACACAGAGACCAUCAGUUGUUCAAACUAAGGAGCAAUAUGAACUGGUGUAUAGAACAAUCAAAUUCCUGUUUGAGAGAUAUCUGCAAAUGACAGAGCCAACUUCACACCAAGAGAAGGUCCCAUCAGCCCCGUCACCAAUCCCUGAAGACUUUGACAGUGACAGUGACAGUGACAGUGAGCUGUUGGACUUCAUUGGUCUGGAGUCAGAGCCCAGGUCUGCAGCCAUGGACUACAGCUGGCAGCUGUUUUCUGAACACAGGUACUCCAAAAAGGAAGUGCCUAUGGAACUGUCCAAUCACGUCACACCUUUGCACGCCUUCGCACAGCAACCACCUAUCAGCCCUCUGGUCCUGUCCCCCAAAGAACCUUCAAUGGCCGCAUUCGGUCAACCGUGGCAAACAGACUUUGGACACUACUUGUCUCAAACGCCUAAUCCUGCGAUGAGGCCACGAAGUGAUGCUCUGUGUACUUCAAUCAAACCUCUACGGACACAGGAGACCAGCCUGGGAACUUUGGAUGUGGCUGUAGCACCACAGCAACCACCACUGGUACAGAAGCCCAUGCGAAGCCAUAGGCCUCCGGAACAGACAAUGAUGAACAAUGCUGUGCCUACUGUAACACCACAGCAACCAUUGCUAUUGCAGAAGCCUAUCAUAAGCCAGAAACCUUUGGAACAUACUCUGAUGAGCAACAAUGGUUCUACUGUAGCACCACAGCAACCACCAUUAGCACAAAAGCCCAUCCCAAGCCAGAAACCUAUGGAACAGACUGUGAUGAGCAACAAUGUUUCUUCUGUAACACCACAGCAACCACUGCCAGUGCAGAAGCCUGUAAGAAACCAUAGACCUCCAGAACAGAUGGUGAUGGUCAACUCAGUGCUUACUGUAGCACCACAGCAACCACCACCAAUGCAGAAGCCCAUGCGAAACCAUAGACCUCCAGAACAGACAGUGUUGGACAACUUAUUGCCUACUGUAACACCACAGAAGCCCAUCCAAAGCCAGAGAUCUCUGGAACAGACUGUUAUGAGCAAUACUGUUCCCUCUAUAGCACCAUAUCAACCACCAGACCAGACAGGGAUGAACAGUGUUGCUCCAUCAAUAGUUUUCCCCCAAUCCCAGGAGAUAAGCGAUCUCUGUGUUACUGUGGAGGACCCAUACUUUGGUCCAGACUCUCCAAAAUCCACAGACGGUUUCUGUGCCUCAGCAGAAGAUAUACUAACCAUAGAUACGUGGACUCAAAACCCCUGUUUCAGUGGCCCUAUUUUGACUCUCAACGACCAGCCGCUGGAAUUAUCUACACUGGGGGACAGAGCAGGUAUACCUACGCCUUCAUCUGACGAGGAAAGUCCUCCACCCCUACCAAUGAGAACCCCUGAGUCUUACCUCAUGGCAGAAGAAGCUACAGAAAAGACUGUGGUCGGCCAGAGUGCGACAGCGGUGAUCUCAUCUGGUACUUCUUCUGAGAAGGUCAAUGAAUCCACAGAAAAGGAAAAGACUGUUGCCAGCGAGACUUUGGCACCGGUCAUCUCAUCCAGUACUUCCUCUGACGUCUUCAGUGUGGCCACGGAAAAGACUUUGGUCAGCCAGACUUUGAUGGUGGUCAUCCAAUCCAGUACUUCUGCUGAGACGGUCAAUGGAGAAAGCCCACCUUCUCCAGCACCGCCUCUGCCUGAGAGAACUCCAGAGUCCUAUGAACUGGCCAUGGAUGAAAAUUUAGUACAGAACGCAGUGCAAGAAAAGCCCCAGCAAGCCGUGCACCGAGUGGGAAAAUCCUCCGAAUGGUCCGGAAAUUCAAACUCAGACUCGGACAUUAAGAGAACCUGGUCCAGGAGCAAGAGUUUAAGAGCUAGGUUGACGAUGUCUCUUCAUGUACCGUCUCAGAUCCAGCCUCUCACUCUUUCUCACACACCUUCAGGAGGUGGGACUCCAGCGCUUCCACACUGUUCCUCUCCUCCUUUGCCUGAACGGAAUCCACAGUCUUUCCAGUUGGACGCCUCAGAGACUGCAGCUCCUCUCACCCCUCCACUCCCUAAGAGAACCCCAGAGUCCUUCAUCCUGGACACGCUGGAAGUUCAGAGCAGCGUCGCCCCCUGCGAGUUUCCCGAAUCACAGCCCCAGAGGCAGCGGCUGGGCACCUCCUCAGAGUGGGCAGGGAACUCCCAGCCCAGAACCUUCCUAGACGUCAUGAGCAGAAGCAAAAGCGUUAAAGUCAGAAGUUCAAAGAACGUGUCUGUGGCUCCUCCCUCUCUUGCUCCGGUCGCAGUGCCAUUGGCUACAGAAAACAGAGGAGAGCAGCAGCCGGUGGACAGCAGGCCGUCUGUCCCCGCUGUAACGGCCGUGGACCCGCCGGAGACGCUCCCCGAGAGGACAUCACUCGCCAGCAAGGCCAGGACCAAGAGUUUGAGGUUUUUGAAGGGAAGACAGAAAACAAAAGCCCCUCAACGGCAACCUUUACCUCCUGCUGCUGCUGCUGCUGCUGCUCCAGCUGCUCCACCUAGUGGUGCUACUGGAGGAUUCAAAUUUGGGUUCGGGAUGCGCUUUGGGAAGCCCAAAGGGCCGCGGACUCAUCCGGAGACGUGGGUGUAAAACGAGCACAGCUGCUGCUUCUACAGCCAGACUUUCAGAACAUCAGCAGAACAUCAGCAGAACAUCAGCAGAACAGCAGCAGAACAGCAGCAGCUGAGAUACUGGAGUUACAGGUUGAAGGCCCGUCGCCCAGAAGAACUCUUCAGACACCUUUAGAACAUGAGGUGAAGCGUGGUUGGAUACAGCGCUGUGUUAAACAGCGAGAGAAGACCCUGAAUUUACUUGAUUUAAAUACCAAAUCCUUAUUAUUAUAAAUAUAUUACUUUUAUGCUGGGUGAAAAAUAAUGCUUCAUUGUAUUUUAGUACUAAAGUAAUACUUUGGUAGAUUGUAAUAAUUAUUUAUAUUUAAAAGUUAUGGGGAUGAAUGUAGGGUUCAAUGUAACGUGGGUAUAUUGCACAUAAAAUAUUUAUAUAUACUAGUGCUAGUAUAUAUCUAUAGUGCUAGUAUAUAUAUAUAUAUAUAGAUCUCUAGUACUAUUAUUUUUAAUGGACCCUUUUUGGUACUAAAAAGUAUUUUUUUAAGAGAUACUAUUAGAAAAAUAAAAAAUAAUACAUACAUACAGGGUGCAUACACUUUCAUGCCUUCAAGGCAAAUUUUCAGGACCAACAGUGCAGACAUGCACAAUAAAACUAAACUAAAAAAUAAAAAUCAACUAAAACUAUGAUCAAAUUUUUAUUCAUUUAUUAUAGUAGCCCUAAAAUGAAUCUGACAGAACUAAAGAGUAGCAGAUCAGAUCCUAAAGAGCUCCACUGUGUAGAGGCUAAAUUACUGAAUUAACUCUGAGCUGAUUGAUGUAUUUGUAGCUCAAAAUAGAUUUCCUCCAUCGAUAAACAGAAAAAAACAAAGAAACAAAGAUUUGUAGAGCAAAUUUCCACGACUUUUUCAAAACUUUCUGGGUAUUUUUAUUUAUUUUUCCAAAACUUAUCCAGGUCUUGAAUUUGCUGUUUUCAAAUUGCAUGACUUUUUCAGGUUUUUCAUGACCAUAUGCACCCUGUAUAUAUUUAUAUUUUUAGAGAGAAGGAAUAAAAACUUUUCUUAACUGUUAAUUUAAGUCAAAAAUAUAAAAUUAUUAAAAAAUGUUUCACACUUCUCCUCAGUGAUAAAACUCCUGCAUCAGGACUGCAUUUGAAAAAACAGGAGGACCAGUGAGUUUUUAAGCUUUUUUUCUUGGUCACAUGACAUUGUGGGGUUCAGUAGCCCCUCCAUUUCCACUCGCUGUUGUGUUUUUAACGUGGACCUCCGUGGAAACUGUGGCAUGCCCAAAGUGUAAUUACGGUGGACAAAUAGCUAUUUUAUUAAACGCGAGGAGACAAAACUCAGAGAUGUGCGUCCGGACGGGACUAAAAUUACCGGAAGAUUUUAUUUCAAGUAAUUCUGGAUCAUUUUACUUGUAAAUUCAUCAUGCAGUUUUGCUACAAAUGUAAAGUGUAUCAAGUGUAUAAUUUAUAUUAUCUCAAAAACAUUGCUUUACAGUUAUUGUUUGCUGUUGACUGUGCUCAAUCUGUUGUAAUGUUCAUUUUUGGUACAAGUUUCUUGCUACAGAAAAAGAGUGAUAUUCUGCACAAACUAUAUUUAUAUAUAUAUAUUUUUUUUUAUAUUUUCCAAAACGCCGGCUGGACUUUGUACUUGUACAUAUAGGAUUGUAUUGUAUAGAUAAGAGC